CACUCGUUACUUGCUCCUUUCCAUCCAGGAACAUCAUGCUGACUGGAAACCAAACAAAAAGUUCAAAGAGGACAAAGUACAAAUUCAGCAGUUUAGUUUAACUGAAACGUACUGAAGUGAGGAAGUCUGAAAAAAAAACACCUUCGGCUGUAUUUUUAUUCUUUUAUUUCUUUUUUUCAGAACGGAGUAUUUUUAGGUGGCUUUCACUCUUUCACACUUUCACACUCUAAAUGAGUAUCGCUUCAUGUGAAAAUCGCCAGCUGUGACUCACAUCACAUUUUUAUGUGUUUUUUUUAAUGUGUUUUAGACUCCGUCUAUGGUUUUGACAGCUGAUUGUAAGCCAACUGGGAAGGAAUGCGCUGAAUACAGCGACACACUUCAACAUUAAGUUUCUGUGCUCGUCCAUUAAAGGAAACCAGAGGAACCACACAACAUUUUUUUUUUCAUCUCCAUCUGACUAUUUUGGUAUCUUUUUUGCGACUCUGAGCUGACAACAAAAUUAUUUUACAGUAGGUGGACUGUACACCCUUCUCUACGAUAAACAUGUCAGGACUGUUAAGUGCACUCAUUCUCCUAAUUAUUCAAGGGUCGUUGGCUCAGCGCGUGAGGGUGGAGCCAGAAGUCGUGUCAUAUCCUGGUCAGACAGUGACACUGCGAUGCCAGUUUCCGAACCCAGGCAAACUCCUUACUCAGGUGUCAUGGAUGUUUGAACAGACUAAUGCAGAUCGAACCAACAUAGCAGUUUUCCAUCCAAGUUUUGGAGCAAAUUACCCAACGAUAUCCCCUUUAUCAGGACGUGUCAGUUUUGUAACAGAUCCACCAUCUUUGGAGAACCCAUCCAUUAAGAUCAGAGAAGUGAAGAUGACCGAUGAGGGCCGAUAUAUUUGUGAAUAUGCCACCUACCCUUCUGGCAACGAACAGGGAGUCACUUCGCUGGUCCUGCUGGCUAAACCGAAGAACAUUGCUACAUCUGUCACCGUUACCGCCGGGAAAACCCCAGUCAUCGUGGCGCGCUGUGAAUCAUCCAAUGGCUGUCCAGCAGCGAAUAUUUCUUGGUCCACGGCGCUUAACGGAAACGUGACGAUGCCGAUUGAGACGAAGAAUCCAGAUAAUACGAUCACCGUCCAGAGUGCCUACAUGCUGGCUCCACAUCCGUCGGAUAAUGGCAAAGACAUCAACUGCACGGUGUCACACCGUACCAUGACCCAACCUGAGACCUUCCCGAUGAAACUUGUUGUUGAAUAUCCUCCCCAGGUGAAGAUUGUAGGGUAUGAUAACAACUGGUACAGGGGUCAGACAAAUGCAUAUUUGACCUGUCAGGCAGACGGAAACCCUGUCCCCACCACUGUCACCUGGAAAACUUUGUCCGGACUGAUGCCUGAAACAGUGCAGGUGCAGGAAAAUCGGCUCGUUGUGCAGAAGGUGGAUGACACCGUCAACACCACCUUCAUCUGUGAGGUCAGAAACAGUCUGGGAUACGGCAGAGAUCAGAUCUCCGUCUUCGUGAGAGAUUCUGUCCACUCUUGUGGUUCUACUGAAGCUGUGAUCCGACUGGUCCUCUCUGCCCUGGUGGGCGUGGCUACUGUCCUUCUUUUGGUUUAUGACUGAACAAGAUCAAGCACAUAUUCACACAUCAGUAACUAGAAAUUACACAAGCUUCAGGCUGGAUCCAGCCUUUAUGAAGAUCUGAGAUGACCUGAGAAAUGAUGCCAAUCCUGCCGAGGACCUCAGAUGACGACAAACCUGAACCAACAUACAAAACUACCAAAUUUAGCUGUAAGUGAGACUGAAAUGUAUAAUCAUUUCUGGCAGGGUUUGACAUGAACAGACUUGGCUUACAUUAACUUACCCAAGAGUGAAGAAAAGUACCCCGCCAAAUUGACAAUGUUACCCACUACAGCUGAUUUUAAUUGUGUGUUUAUUUCAAACCCUGGUAACUGGUUUUUACUGUAUAUUUUUGCAAUAUGGACAUCACUUUGACAUAAUCAACACUGAUAAGCUACUCAUAAAUAUAAUGUAGAAACUUUAAUUUUCCGUGAAGCUUCUAUGCAGUG